CUUGUGACUAUGAAAUGAGGGUUUCAUUUAUAUAUUUGGGAAUAGAGUAACACAUAAUUUUUUUUUUUUUUUUUUUAAGCUUUUUCCGAAUAAAUGAAAGCAUGAGCAUGUACCCGAAUGCAGACUUUAGCGAACCUUACUCUUCGGUGUCCUUUCAGUAUAAACAACUCACUUCACCAUACCCUUACAGUCAUAACGAAACCGUCGAACUCAACAAGACCAGUUUUUUACCCAAAAAAAGUCAAAUAACGAGAUGGUUUCGACAUCAUCAAAAGCAAAUUCUCUUUUUAGUUUGCUUACUUUUAUUAGCACUCUUUUGUCUACGUAACAUGAUUGCCGUUUACUGGACUUUUCUCAAGAUCAAGAUGGAUAGCACCAUGUUCGAUCGUGGUUAUGUCGCUUGUGGUCUGUUACGAAAGGAACCCAUGUUAUUUGUACAAGAUACCCGCCACGUUCAAGUCGUUUGGGAAAUGAAUUGUGGCAUGUCAAAUAAGGCCAUGUCACUCACUUACUGGCAACCAGGGGACGAAAAGAUCACAUUGGAGGCCAUCGAGCCCAAAGUCCUGGAUCCUCACCACACUGUCUAUAAAGCCACGUUGGGUCCCAUCGAAAGGGGAGGCACCGUGAAUUACAGGAUUGAAACCACACCCAAGGAAGGCAGCGAAAGUACACAAAAAAAGCGAAAAGUAUUAGCGAAACAUGCAUUUCAAUGGUAUACCACCCUGGAUACAGAACCUAUUCGUAUGGCAGCGAUAGCAGAUAAUCAAUUUGGUAUGUUGACCUUUUCAUCUUUACUGCGUCAGAUCAGAAAACGAUCACCCAAACCACAGUUUUUAAUUCAUGCGGGGGAUGCCAUCCAAAACUAUCCUUCACUCAGACAAUGGCAGACGGAUUUCGCUGGUCCCUUAGCAGCGCAUGGAUUAGGUCAAACCACACCCUUGAUCUACGCCCAUGGUAACCAUGAUUAUGACAUGCGAGGUGAAUAUACUUAUACACGUAGUCACGGGAUCAACGGUCACCCUUGGUUUGCAUUCUCCAUGGCGAACGGAGCUCUUCGUUUUAUCGUUCUGGACAGCAACAUCGAUUGGGAGCUACAGGAUACCUGGCUCAAGCAUGAAAUCCAAUCCGACGAAUUCAAACAAGCUCAAUUCCGUGUGGUCGUAGUCCAUGUGCCUCCCUUUUUGGAAUAUUGGGAUCCAGAAGCUUGGUUUCAACAGGGACAGAGUAAAUGGGGAGCCUUUAUCAAGGAUCGUUACGUCCCCAUCUUUGAAGAAGGUAAAGUUGAUAUCGUUAUCUCGGGUCAUCAACAUAAUUAUGAACGUGGGGAACGCAAUGGAGUUCAUUAUGCUAUUAUUGGAGGCGGUGGAGGGGAUUUGGAUUUUGAUCAGGUGACCGAUUGGGCCAUGUAUGAAUCGAAAUCAUUAGACUUUCAUUACGUCUUGUUGGAGUUUAAACCUCCUCUCUUAAAUAAUCGAUGGUCUCUUCAUUGGGAUACCUAUAGUGUCAGUGGUAAAAAAGUUGAUUCAAUGUCAAUAGAGUCUCGCACAUAGAAUUUUUUUUUUUUUUUUCCCCCGUGAUCAUGGAAGAUAAUUUUUGCUUACUUUGUUAUGUGUACGGUAGAGUAAAUGAGGCAACCUCUUGUGAUUGAUACAGAAAUGACUAGAUUUAUCAAUAAACAUACAUAAGCUGUUAUAAAUGAAGAUAAUUUUUUGGCUCACCAGUCAAGCAUGACAAUUUAUCUU